UAAAAAUCAGAAACUCAGCAGAGGCAUUACUGUGCGUUCGAAAAAUAUAUAGUGGCAGUUUAUUAAAAACACUUUGCUACCCGGUAUAACAAAACGGAAAAUAAAAAUAUUAUUUUAUAAAUUAAAUUAAACAAUUUGUGUGUUUUUCUUGAAAAGAAAACAAAAAGAAGCAACGCCAAGUUUGCCCUUUAUAUUCCAUAAGAAAAUUUGUGAAAAAAUCUUUUAAAAAAACAUGGAUUUCGAUUGCAAAUGUAUGAGAGUUUUGGGAACUGCUGCCAUUGCCAUAGUGGGCUAUCAUUUGGUUACAAAAUUCCUGCCCUGGUUGUAUAUUAAUAUAAUUGGGCCAAAAUUGUUUGGACCUAAGGUCGAUGUUUCACGUUUGGGCAAAUGGGCUGUAAUUACCGGUGCUACCGAUGGUAUUGGAAAAGCGUACGCUAAAGCGUUGGCAAAGAAAGGUUUGAAUGUGGUUCUUAUCAGUCGUUCUCUCAGUAAAUUGGAAACUGUAGCCAAGGAAAUCGCCGAUGCAUACAAUGUUGAAACCAAAAUUGUUGAUGUCGAUUUCACUGGCGGACAGGAAAUUUACUCAAAAAUUCAACAGCAAAUUGAAGGCCUGGAGAUUGGUGUAUUGGUUAAUAAUGUAGGCAUGAGUUAUUCCUAUCCCGAAUUCUUUGUUGAAUUCAGUCAAAAGAAUCCUCAGUUCUUAAGAGACAUCAUAUCGGCCAAUGUACAUUCUGUGCUACAAAUGACAGCAUUGAUAUUGCCACAAAUGGUGGAGAGGAAGAAGGGAGCUGUAAUUAAUAUAUCAUCAACGGCCGGUGUUAUACCGAAUCCCUUGUUGACAGUAUAUAGUUCUACCAAGGCUUUCGUGGACAAAUUCAGUGCCGAUUUGCAGACCGAAUAUCGUGCUCAAGGCAUUUUUGUGCAAAGUAUUCAACCCGGUUUUGUGGCCACAAACAUGACAAAAAUUCGUAAAACCAGUACUUUUGCUCCCUCAGCCGAUACCUAUGUUGAAUCUGCUCUUAAAACUUUAGGCUUAGCCGAACGCACUGCCGGCUAUUUACCUCAUACCCUUAUGCAGGUUGCACUCAGUGCUAUAUCAUGCAUUUUCUGUGAACAAUUCGCUAGUCAACUAGUAUUUAGGCAAUUACUCAAUACACGUAAGCGAGCUUUACGCAAUAUUGCCAAAAAACAAUAGUCAGUCCAAACAUAAUAUGGUUGUAACAACGACAGUGACCAAAGAAUCUACGGAUUGAAAUAAUGCAUUAUAGAAAUUGUAAUUCUUCCUCUAAUAUUUUAUUUAAUUUGCAUUCAAAUUUUAAAGGACUGCUGGGUAUAUUACUUUAAAAUGUUUUUGUUUCGUUAGGUGAAACAAUUUAUGUAUGUAUUUAUUUAAUUUUGCUUUUAAAAAGUGUCAUAUUUUUUAAUAAUAAAUAAUAUAAUAAUUUUUGAAGAAAUUUAAA